AAUGCCCCUUCAAUGAACAAGAGGCACAGUCGUGAUGUCAUCUGUUGGGCGAUGACGUGUAGCUUCCCAACUCGGUUUGACGAGCUUGACGGACUAAAGAGCUACGACUUGUCGACAUUUGCACCAACACUUCCUUGGAGCUGACAACGGAAAUCCAUUGGGGAAGAGAAAACCUCAAUAACUAUAAAUUUAGACUUGCCAUGAUUUAACAGAAUGCCAUUACUAAGAUGUCCUUCAUUUGAUGGGCUACUGCAGAAGGAGACAUUUUUGGUACGCAGAGAAUGAAUGAAUUCACUCCACACUAUGGUGCCUCAUACUCUAUAGAAGUUUCUGUUAAGGAGUUGCUCCAUGGAUAAAAGAUGUUUGCCAAGCUAAAGAAAAAGAUAGCAGAAGAGGCAGCGACAGCACCACGGAGCGGUGUUCGGUUACCCCGUACCAUCAGCAAGGAAUCCAUCACUUCAGUGGGGGCAGACUCAGGGGAUGAAUUUGCAUCUGAUGGGAGCAGCUCCAGGGAUGACCUGCCUGCUCAACUGCUCAGAAGGAAUAAUCAAAUCCGUAAACUAGAAGCAAAACUAUCAGACUUCGCUGAGCAGCUGCGAAUAAUGCAGAAGACCAAGGAGAAGCUUGAAAUUGCAUUAGAAAACCAUCAGGAUUGUACGUACCUCUCCUCUCGCUCCCCUCCUUCCACUUCCAUAAAAAAACUUCAAGAACAGAAUGAGUUUCACCUGGCUAACAGAGCCAAAAUGGCAGAGGGGAUGACUGUAGCACUGGACGAAAAGGACAAGGAAUGGAUGAAGAAAAUGGCUGUUGUGGAAAAGGAGAAGGCUGUUUUAUCGGCAAGACUGGAAGACAUGAUGGAGCAAAGUUUUUCACUCUUCCAGAAGAGUGAUGAUAUGGAUGAACUGGAGAGCUUCCAGGAAGAGGAACUUGCCAAAGUCAAACACAUGUUGUUGAAAAAGGAAGAGCAACUGGGACAGUGUGAGCGGAACCUCCAGCGGCAGGAGGCUGAACUUCAUUCAGUGAAGCGAAGACUUUCUGAAGCACUGGAGAAACUUCAGGCUUUACAAAAGCAACAUGAAGAGGUCUCCAGAUUGAACACUGAACUGGAGAUUGAACGAGAGGAACUGCUUCUGCUCAGAGAAGAAGAAGAUAAGAAAAUUGGUGAGUUGGAGGGUCAAAACCAUAAAUUACAGUUGGCCAUCCAUCAGGUCUCAGCAGAUUUGGAGAAGUCGCAGAGUAUGAUGUCUUCUACAGAGCGUUCCCUUCAUGAUCUACAGACUGAACAUAAUUCUCUGAAGUUGCAACAAGAAAAGGCUGCUGUUACAGAGGAGGACAAGGAACGCUUAUUAGGGGACCUUCAGAAGAAAGUUAACUCUUUAGAGAGGCAGUUGCAAGGAAACCUGAGCCAGGAUGACCAUCUACUUGAGCUUCUCCAGGAGAAGUCCAUUCUCGAACAAAAACUGGAAGAGACCAGAGCAGAGCUACUACAAUUUCGGAAAAACCAUGCUGACACAGUUAGCUCCUUGGACGCACAGGUAUCCAGAAUGAGGUGCAACAUUACAGAGCUGCAAACACUUCUCCAACAUAAAGAUGAAUCCUCGAUGUCCUACCGAGAAAGAACAGACACACAAAUUGCAACCCUGGAGCAGCAAAUCCAAGGAAGUUGUAAACAACUGAAAAUUGCAGAGGAACAGAUUGAAGUGAAAACACGACAGACAGAAAAACUGCAAGGAGAGUGGAGUGCUGAGAAGGCCUUUUUGGAUCAGCAGUUGUCUUUGUUGCAGCAACAUACUAUGGAGGAGAAAAAAGGGCUAGAGGAGAGUAUCACCGCUUUACAGACUGAUAAAUGUGCAAUGCAAGAGACAAUGACUGACCUAGAGUUGCAAAGAGAUCAGGCAAAUGCCGUACUGGGAGAGCAAAUGGAAGAGCUGAAAAAGUGCAAGGUGGAAUUGGACAGCCAGCAGACAGUUUGCACUGAAAUCGCCAAAGCUCUAGAAGAAAGCAGGCAACAGAGACAAGAGCUACAAACACAGGUUGAUGUCUUGACAACAUUGCUACAGAGAUCACAACAGGAUUUGUCAACUGUCACUGAGAAGAUAAAUUUGAGAGAAAGAGACAUCCACAGGCUACGUGAUGAAUUGCAGACUCAACAGGCAUCACUUCUCCAGCUGCGGGAGGAAUUUGACCACCUGCGGGUCCAACGGGAGCAAAUUGAGCUGGACAAAGACUCACAGCUAGCUCACCUGAGAGAAGAACUGCUCUGCCAGACCCAACAGCAAGACACUUGUCAGGCCCGGAUUUCAUAUUUAGAAGUAGAGAUAGAGACCCUGACAGAGCAGCUUCACAGCCCAGCUGUUUGCGAGGAGGACCACAAUGGCAGUGUGACAGUAGAUGAUCUACAUGACGUUCAGAAGAUUGAAGAGCUUGAGCAGCAGCUCAGUGACAAGAACAGGACGAUCAAACAAUUGCAGCAGCGAAUGGCAGAACUAAAAAGGACCUUGCAGAAAGAACUGAUCAUUGUCGUGCUGAAAGACCCAGCCACAUUUCCCCUUCAAUGCCCUUGCUGCUGAAAGCAUGACGUUGGAACCCCCUUGCUUCACAGUAGGUGUGGUAUUCUUUGGAUGUAAUUCAGCAUUUUGUCUCCUCUUAAAAACAAGUUGUGUGUUUACCAAAAAGUUGUAUUUUGCUUUCAUCUGAUGAUAUGACAUUCCCUCAAUCCUCUUCUGGAUCAUGCAAAACCACCUGAGUAAAUGUCAGACAUGUCUGGACUAGAUUUUACACCGAUCUGAUCAGCAUUAUUGGUAUCAGCCAUUAUUUAGGAUUUUAUGAUGAUCAGCUUUCUCAUAAUUUGCUGCAUUGAUCAGCUCCUCAAAAGACAUUUGCUCCCCGUCGCCAUCGUGCCCAAUAUCUCUGAAUCUAAAAGAUAGUUUAUUUUAGCCUUGUUGCGUCUUUUGACAUAGCACGGUAAAUAUCUGAAAAAAAUGUCGGUGUGGACAGACAACGUAUGAAACAUAUAUCACUUAAUUCCCGGAUCAGACAAGACAAAUUUGGUCUUUCACUAUCUCAGACUACUGCAAUAAGAGCUUGUAUUCCAAUACAACCGCAUCCCAUUUUUUUUACAAUCACUGAGCUUUAUUUGGUCAACACAAACAUGACCGGAUAUACCGAAGAAGAGUGGGUUGUGCUAACUGUUUUAUGAGGACAAAAUGGGGAACAAGGGCUGUUGGUGGUCACCGAUGGUCAGCACAGAAGAGGGCAUUUGUUGAAGGCUUGCGUGAGCUAUAUUCACUUACUUUUAAUAUAAUAUGGCUUCCAAAGAGGCAACAAACUUGAGAAGAAGAGAAUAGAAGCUUGAUGAAUAGCAAGCUAAGUGCCUGCAUGGUUAAUUUCUUCACACCAACCGUACCUAUUGCAAAUUCAGUCUAACUUGUCUGGUGCAGGUGUACAAUUUUGUCUCUGGUGUCCUUUGACAACUUUUUGGUCUUGGCCAUACUGGAGUUUGAAAUGUGAGUGUUGGAUGUCUGAAAUGUCAUAUUUUGUUUGCAAUGUUUGCUGAUGAUGUGCAUGGAUUAUAUGUUGUUUUUAUGUGGAGGGGGCCAUGUUAAAUUUCAUUGUUUAUAUGGAAUGACAAUAAAACAAAAACUACAAAAUUGAGGUUGCGGACACGUGUUUUUAUUCCGGGUUCAAACAGUACCAUAAAUAUAGGGAACGGGUGGAGGACUGAGAAGGCACUUAAAGUAGUUACGGAUCUGUGAGAGCUUGAAAUAUUGCUUGUUUGUAGGUGGCCAAUACUUAUUUUCCACCAUACUUUUACUCAUGGUUUUUUUUUUUUUAAUUAGAUGAUUUUCUAGAUUUUUUUUUCAAAUUUUGUCUCUUAUAGGUUAUGUAUACCUCUGAAUAUUAGAUGCCUCCCUCGUGUUUUUAUGUAGGUGAAUUUGCUGAAUUGUUGGAUCACUGAAUACCUUUUUGCCCCAAUGUAAAUCAGCAACCUCUGGGUGAAUCGGUCGUCACCUUGUCUGGAGAGAUCUCUGAAACAUGUUCCUGGAAGUAACACAGUCAAUAUUUUGGUCUGAUAGGACGCUAGAGUCGCCAUGACUGAUAAGCCUGUGCAGUUGCAGUGAUGUCUGCUCCAGUGUGAUAAGCCCUUUAACAAUCUAUAAUAUUGGUGGCCUAUCACAUUUAACUUUUGUGCCAUCUCAGCAUGCUAAAAUAAUGAAUACAAGUUUACUUCAAGAAAGAAGGUCUUCUAUUACCACAUACAUUCAAUUUCUUAGUACCUUUAGGUUUUGGUCAUGUUCAGCUAGAUUGUGAUGCAUGAUUAUUGCUGUUGAUUUGUUUAACACUGUGGGUUACUGUAGAAUUUCAGAAGAAAAUAAUGAUAGCAGAGCUCUGGAGGAAAGUAAACCACUUUUCCAUUGUCUGUGCUUCAAUGAUUUGUUUUUACAGAUUUAGAUAUUUUUUCUCUCUUUAUGC